AGACUGUUCAAAGACUGUUGGGUUUACCUUGCGCGCUUUUGCUCCACCGUAGUGUGGCAGAAAAAUGAGAUUGCAACAAUUCUUUUUUCUGUUUCUUGUUUUUAUGAUGAGUCUUCUACUUACCCCCGGACAGAGACCAGCUAAUUUGGCAAUGAGAAGAAAAUUGCACAGGUACAACUGCCUUCAGAGGAGAUGUAUGCCUCUGCAUUCACGAGUGCCCUUCCCCUGAGAUCUUCUCUAUCUAACUUCUCCAGAUCUACCAGAAGAGGAGUGAAGGAAAAGAUACCCACCCAUGUAAUAGUGUGAUUGCUUAGAAGUUUCUGUAUGAAAAGGAAUUGUUUGAAAGCAAUGGGAUGGUUUAUUAGUUUCACACGAUUCUCUUCUUUCUGGUUUCUCUUUAGAGAGAAAAUAAAUUCAAAAGCAAUUCCAGUCUGAAGUAUAAUUAUUUGCUUGUAUAACAAAAUUCUCUUAUCUUUUUCUGCACAUUAUUAUUCUUACCUGGUUUAAGAAGAAAAACUCUUUAAUGUCUUAGAACUCUCUAACAGUAAAAAGUGUAGGAGUUUAAAAUUGUCCUUUCAUAUUCUUAUAAUUUUCCGAAGGUAUUAAAAUUACUUUUUAUAUGUUUGAGUGAUUGUAAAAAAAAAUCCUAAAUCUGAAAUCAGUUGCAUUGGCUAUUUGGCUUUGCAGAAUAGGGAGAAAAUUAUUCGUUCAUUGAUUAUUUAUAUAGAGAGACUAAGAAAGAAACUAUUAACCGCUACCAAUGUUAUAUAAUAGGCUUUAAUGUUUAUGAACGUACUUUUUACUUUGAAUAAUAUCCAUUUAUAGUUGUAAAAUAAAGUCUGAAAUAGUAAUUGUAGUUCAGUUUAUAUUACAGCUGAAAUGUUUAUUUCUGAACCUAUUUUUCAACAUGUCAUCAUAAGAAGCCAAUGUCUGAUUUCUUUUGAAGUUCUGUUUUAUGCCCUUCAUUCAUCUGUAUAGACAGCUUCUUAGAAAGGCCAACUUAAAAUUGAAAUUUAAAAUACACUGGGCUUCCCUGGUGGCGCAGUGCUUGAGAGUCCGCCUGCCGAUGCAGGGGACACGGGUUCGUGCCCCGGUCCAGGAAGAUCCCACAUGCCGCGGAGCGGCUGGGCCCGUGGGCCAUGGCCGCUGAGCCUGCGCGUCCGGAGCCUGUGCUCUGCAACGGGAGAGGCCACACACUGAGAGGCCUGCGUGCCGCAAAAAAAAAACAAAAAAAACAAAAAAAUCAAAAAACACUUAUGCCAAUAAAGUCUCAAGCAGAGUGAUGUCUCCAGUAUCUGAGUGCUCAUCAUUCUGCUAGGCUUUAUUUGGGUGUGGUGGUGAGACAUGUAAAUAAAAACUCAGAGGGAAUCUAAGGAUAUGAUUACCAAAGAAGGACAUUAUCCUAAGUCUGCAUUGUACUGAUAAUUAGUUGUUCUCAAGUUGUUAAAUAUGCUCCUAAUUUGUAUUUAUUCAAAGACUGUUAGCUCACUGCCAUAAAGUUUUAAAUAUUUUACUGUAAGUUAACGCUAUAUAUGAAAUUUACAUAUUCAUAUCUUGACUAGAAAUUUUACUUUGUAAACAUUCUAGAGUGGGAGAAGCCAUAAACCUUUAAUCCCGAUUUUGCCAAAAUAAAAAAUUGAGAUUUAUAUAUAAAGAAUUUGAAAUAUAAAUUCUGAUACAUGAAAGUUUGUCUCCCUUUCAUAGCUAACUUGUUAACAGUGUUUUGGGGGGAUGGAAGGUGCUUAUAAAAGUACUGUAAUUAAAUUUACACACAAACAAAAGAUGUUUUAUGAAAUGUGUUAUUUCAUUAUUUAAAUUGGAUAUUUGGGGGGAACUCUAAAUGGGUUUCUAGACGAAUUAUAAUUCCUUUGCACAAGUGCAUUUAAGUAGAAACAUAGCUAUUAACAAUUACAUUUGUUGAAAACACAUAUGUACUUAUUUAUAUAAUUUGUACAAAAAAAGAAAAGAUUCAUACAGCUCAGAUACAUCUCAUGGAAUACAAGCCUACACUUUUGCAAGAUCAGACUCUCACAUUCACAGAAAAAGUUAAAAACCAGCCGUAAUUAAAUGGUUAUAGAUUUCUGCUCAUACAACUUCAGUAAUUGUUCAAUAAAACACUCAGUGAUUUGAGUGUCUAGUUGUCCUUACUUGUGUAAGUUCAGAGUAUUGAGCACAGGAUUGUAGAAAUGUUCCUGUACUUGUCUCUUUUUCCAUUGUUCCUUUUCAUUGGGGCAUUUAAGACUGAUCAUACCUGCCAGUGCAGAUCUUUUACCUAAUUCAAGAUUAUCAGAGGAAAGGCAAAGAUUCUCGCAAAAUUUAUUU